AUGGGUGUAGUUAAAAAACCCAGCAUAGAGGCCUACUGGCAGCAGUCCGAGAAUUCUUGGCUAUUCCGGACACCUGGAUUUUCGGAAGUCAUGACAAGAGACAGAUUCCAACUUCUCUCAAAAUUUCUUCAUUGUAAUGAUAAUAUGACCCGUGUUCCACGUGACCAUCCCGGCUAUGAUCCUGCACACAAAUUCCGUCCAGUAUUAGACCUUGUUAAUUACACUUUCCCAAAGGCAUAUGACUUAGCAAAGGAUAUUACUGUAGAUGAAAGCAUGGUUGGGUUCAAGGGGAGAAACGAAAUCGUGCAGUAUGUACCUGCAAAAAAAUCACAUCAGUGGGGAGCUAAACUAUUUGUCUUAGCUGAGUCUGACACGGGAUACAAUGCAGCGAUUCAGUUAUAUUCAGGAAGACAACAGGAUACAUCCCGUAGCGCUCACGGUUUGGGUUAUGAUGUAAUUAUGCAGCUUGUUGAACCAUACCUACAUAGAUAUCAUCACCUCGUGUGUGACAAUUACUUUUCAAGUCCCGCUCUUUGUGAUACUCUGUUCACGUCAAAAACUUAUAUGACAGGCACGGCUAGAGUUUGUAGGAAAGGGAUGCCUCGGUCAUUGAAAGGAUUGAAAUUGCCCAAAGGAGAGGCUCUUAUAAAACAGAGUGGACCGAUCAUGGCAUUGUGCUAUGGAGACAGAAAAACUGUCACGUUUUUAUCCACGCUUUCUAUGACAAAUAUUGUGACUACUGAAAAUGCACGAGGCGUAAACGUUGAAGUGCCCCAUGUUAAUCUUGUAUAUAACAAGAAAAUGGGAGGAGUCGACCUCUCAGACAAAUCUCUAGAGCUGUAUGACCCAUGCAUUAGAUCAAAAAAGAUGUGGAGGAAAAUACUCAUCAAUAUCUUGCUUAGAAUUAUGUGUUUGAUAGGUGAUUUCCGCCAACCAAGGCGUCAAGCAGGUGCACAAAACCUGUGUACUACGUAUACAGCCAGGUUAACAGAGAGACAUUAUAUUGAAUGUCUUGAAGCCAUAUCACACAGUUAG